UUGUGUGUUUCUGUGUCACACUCUGUCAGCGCACACCUGUUCGCUCACUCCGGCUUGUCUUCUCGUUGUGUAGCGGACUGCAGCCUGCGGAGCGCCCACCGACACCGACACCGCAUGGAAGACGAUGAAGAGGAGAGCUGCAGUAUACAGCCGAGUUUGGUUCCACUCGGUAGUGAGAUCAAGUCCAGGAUGCAGCAGUUUGUGGAGGAAAGGACUGAAGCCAACAUGUGGACGGCGGUGCUGAUCGCAGCUGUGACUGUCGUUUCUGUCGUUGGAGUCGUCGUGUUUCUUCUUUACAGAAGAUACAAACAGUCAAAGGAAGCCGGCGUGCCUCACUAUCGCUUCAGGAAGAGAGACAAGGUGAUGUUCUACGGCCGAAAGAUCAUGAGAAAGGUUCAGACGUUGUCCUCAGCCCCCGCUUCGAAUCCAAACUCAGCUUCCAGACAGAGAGUGAGGAAAAGGACCAAAGUCCUGUCUAUAGCUCGCAAGAUCCUGCGUAUCCGGAGGGAACCCCCCACCUUGCAGCCCAAGGAGCCUCCUCCCUGUCUGCUGGAGGCUGAUCUGACUGAGUUUGAUGUGCAGAACUCCCAUCUGCCCUCUGAGGUGCUGUACAUGCUGAAAAAUGUCAGGGUGCUCGGCCACUUCGAGAAGCCUCUGUUCCUGGAGCUGUGUCGUCACAUGGUGCUGAUCCAGCUGCACCAGGGUGAGGUGCUCUUCCGACCUGGCGACACCGAUGACAGCAUUUACGUGGUUCAGGAUGGUCGUCUGGAAUUGUGCAUCCAUGAAAGUGAUGGCACAGAUGCUGUGGUGAAGGAUGUUCUACCAGGAGACAGUGUUCACAGUUUGCUAAGUAUCCUGGACAUCAUCACUGGCUAUCCAGCACCUUAUAAAACAGUGUCUGCAAGAGCGGCGUUUCCCUCCACUGUCCUGCGUCUUCCAGCUGCAGCCUUCCAGUCAGUCUUUGAGAAAUAUCCUGAAACUCUGAUCCGUGUCAUCCAGAUAAUCAUGGUGCGUCUCCAGAGAGUCACCUUUCUUGCCCUGCACAACUACCUUGGCCUGACCACUGAGCUCUUCAACCCGGAGAGCCAAGCCAUCUCUUUGGUGUCGGUGGCCCAUGUUCUCGGUGAUGCUCAUCCACACAGAGGCUUCCGCAGGCAACCUUCCCACUCUGAUGAUUUGGGCUCUGACAAAACCGACGCAGAUUCCAGAAUUUCAGAAAAGAAAUCUCGCUCUCUCUCCACCCCGGUGGCUGUUACAGGUGAAAUGUCAAAUGACCUCAACAGAGUAUAUGAACGGGCUAGAGUUGCAAAGGAGGAGACGAUGCCUCACAGUCCAAUGAAGUCUAUUCUAAAGAAGAGUGUGACAAUGCUGCACACGCCAUCAGCUGUUUACCACUAUAGUGAUGCUGGAGGAGGAAAUGUCCACCACAAUAAGAUUAAUGCCAUUUUCCAAGCUGCCAAAAAGGACCUGCUGCAAGUCAUCCAAAUACAGGACGCCAGUCUGUUGGAAGGAAGGGUGAAUCUUCGCCAGGUCAAAGCCGGCUCUGUCGUGGCCCACCAGGGAGACCAGGACGUGAGUGUGGCGUUUGUCAUCUCGGGGUUGCUCCAUGUUUACCAGCGUAUGAUAGACCGUGAGGAGGAUACACUUCUGUUUGUCACCCACCCAGGGGAGUUGGUGGGUCACCUGGCUGUUCUCACAGGGGAGCCCCUUAUCUUCACUGUCCGAGCUCACAAAGACUGCACCUUCCUCUCCAUAUCCAAGGCCCACUUCUAUGAGAUAAUGCGUGAGGAGCCCCGGGUGGUGCUGAACGUUGCACACACUGUGGUGAAGAGGGUGUCACCAUUUGUCAGACAGAUUGACUUUGCCCUGGACUGGAUGGCAUUGGAGGCCGGCCGUGCUGUUUACAGACAGGGAGAUAAGUCCGAUAGCACCUUCAUCGUCCUCAGCGGCCGUUUGCGUUCUGUCAUUGCUAAGGAUGAUGGGAAGAAGGAGCUGGCUGGAGAGUAUGGCCGUGGGGAUCUGAUUGGUGUGGUUGAGGCUCUUACCCACAUGAACCGAGCCACCACGGUCCACGCUGUCAGGGACUCUGAGCUGGCCAAGCUUCCUGAAGGAGCUCUGAACUCCAUCAAGAGGAGGUAUCCUCAAGUUGUCACCAGACUGAUUCAUUUGCUGGGACAGAAGAUUCUGGGCAACAUGCAGCAGGUCAAUGGACCUCUGGCUGCUCGCAGUCUGGCUCUCCACACCCCCACCAGUAAGUGGGAUGCUGGGAAUCCAGCCUCCAACCUGUCCACUGUGGCCAUCCUGCCUGUGUCUGAGGAGGUUCCCCUCACUGCCUUCACUCUGGAGCUGCAACAUGCCCUCGGCGGCAUUGGCCCCACUCUACUUCUGACCAGUGACAGCAUCAAACAGCGCCUCGGCUCUGCUGCUCUGGACAGUGUCCAUGAGUACCGUCUGUCCAGCUGGCUCGGGCAGCAGGAGGACAUCCAUCGCAUCGUCCUCUAUCAGUCUGACUCUGGGCUCACACCAUGGACCCAGCGCUGCAUCCGCCAAGCUGACUGCAUCAUCAUUGUGGGACUUGGUGAGCAGGAGCCCACUGUGGGUGAGCUGGAGCGGAUGUUGGAAGGCAGUGCAGUUCGUGCUCAGAAGCAGCUGGUGUUGCUGCACAGAGAGGAUGGCCCACCACCCAAAGGGACGGCCGAGUGGCUGAACAUGCGGAGUUGGAUCUCCAGACACCAUCACCUCUCUUGCCCCCGCAGAGUGUUCUCUAAGAGGAGUUUACCAAAGCUGAGAGAGUUGUACCAGCGUGUGUUUGAAAAGUGUCCAGAUCGUCAUUCCGACUUCUCCCGUCUAGCCAGGAUCCUGACAGGAAACAGCAUUGCCCUUGUGUUGGGUGGAGGUGGUGCCAGGGGUUGCUCUCAGGUUGGCAUCCUGCGGUCGUUGAAUGAGGCAGGGAUUCCUAUUGACAUGGUGGGCGGCACCUCCAUUGGCUCCUUAAUGGGAGCGCUGUACGCCGAGGAGAAAAGCAACAGUCGCAUGAGGGUCCGGGCUCGUGAGUGGGCCAUGGAUAUGACCUCUUACUUUAAGAAGAUCUUGGAUCUGACAUACCCUGUUACCUCCAUGUUUUCUGGAGCUUCCUUUAACUCCAGCAUCAGCUCCGUCUUCAAGGGCAGACAAAUAGAGGACCUGUGGCUGCCGUACUUCAACAUUACAACAGAUAUCACAGCGUCCUCUAUGAGAGUUCACACUUAUGGUUCGUUGUGGCGUUAUGUCCGGGCCAGCAUGUCACUGUCUGGUUACUUGCCACCUCUCUGUGAUCCCAAAGAUGGACAUUUACUCAUGGAUGGAGGGUACAUCAACAACCUGCCUGCCGAUGUGGCUCGCUCCAUGGGGGCCAAAGUUGUAAUUGCGAUUGAUGUUGGAAGUCGGGAUGAAACCAACCUGACCAACUAUGGUGACUCUCUGAAUGGCUGGUGGCUGCUAUGGAAACGCUUCAACCCUCUGUCUGAGAAAGUCAAGGUCCUGAACAUGGCAGAGAUCCAAACCCGGCUUGCAUACGUCUGCUGUGUGCGGCAGUUGGAACUGGUCAAAGACAGUGAAUACUGUGAAUACAUCCGGCCACCCAUUGACCACUACGGCACGCUUGAGUUCGGCAAGUUUGAUGAGAUCGCUGAGGUGGGAUACCAGCAUGGAAAGACAUUGUUCGAUGUGUGGCAGCGCAGUGGUGUGGUGGACAGCAUGCUUAAGGACAGACAUCAGGAGGAGUUCCACAAGACCAAAACUGGCCAUGUGGUCACCUGUCCCAACGCCUCCUUCACUGACCUGGCAGAGAUAGUGUCAAGGAUCGAACCUGUGAAGAAUGCCGUAGUCAAUGAGGAACUGUCUGAUGAAUACCAGACUGACUAUGAUGAGGAGGCGGUGGAAAGCGCCCUAUCUGACUUUGAGGCGUUCACCCCAGGCAGUGAAUACACUGAGGGAGAGGAGACGGCAGACACUGCUGAAACAGAUGAGGAAAUUCAAAUCCGGGUUCGCCGUCGAACAACAAAUGCUACACAAAGUCCUCUGCCAUGAUAUUCAUCAAAUCCAUGGCUGUUUAUUGGAACUGUUGACUACGGUCUACAACACACAUACUACACUACAAUACAGUAUUUCUGGUAACCUCUGAGAUAUUAACUGAGUUUGCAAUACAAACGUGCAUAUAAUACUCUUAUCCAAUGUGCAGUUAAACAACAACAACCUGGGCAUUGUAUACCUGGGAGAUGUGUAUUCUAUAAAUUCUGCCUUUUUUUUAGCUAAUUUGACAGCUUCAUGGAACGCAUGGAACUGUAUCACCUGAGCGCCUUGAAGCAUCUUCAUUCAAGCACAUCACACACAACGUAAAAAUGCACUACAAUCUUUCAACAUAAUAUUCUGGGACAGUUCUACGCAUGGCUGCUUCCUUUCAUAAUAACCUCACAUCCAUAAAGCACUAUAGUGCGUUUCAUAAUGUUUAUAUAUUUCAGAGUAGGGGUAUCUGUGUAAUGUGAACAGAUAAGCUUUGUCAUACAUACUGUACAUCACUCACUUCAGAUGUACUAUAUCAUGAAUGUAUUUAAUACCUUUAAGCCUGUUUUUUUUUUUUUUUUCAAAUAGUCUCCAAGCAGCAGUGCAAUAUUAUGGCAUUUUCUUGACAGCUUAGGCUGUGACUGUCCCACUGAGAUGUUCAGACUAAGCAUAGCAGUACAGGAGAAAGAUAAUGCAUAGAAGAACUGAUGGUAGAUGUCUUUGUUCUAAGACAUUUUAGUUGUCUUUCAAUUUUAUAUUGGAUUUCAAACUACAUACUAACCUCAUUUUGAGUCUGUAUACUCAAAAAAGCGUCCCACAAUGCAAUGCAGAAAGGAAAUGAAGGAGCUGCUCUCUGAAAGAAAUGAAAAUGAUAGUGGGUGGCAGCAAAUCAGCUCAAGAAGCACCUCAGAAAACAAAAACAAGUGAGAAAUCUCUGAGAAAUGUGCUGUCUUUGGGGGAUUUGAAGUUAAAUCGACAGCAGCGUUCUAAAGUCCUCAAUAAUUUAACAUGAUAACAUUGGUUGAUUUUGUUGUAUACUAAGAGAAACAGUUUAGGUAGUCCAGGAACUAGUCAUUGUUUUGUUAACUUUGUUAAACUUUUAGUGUCUUCACAAACCAAGACACAUCAUACAUGCAGUAUUAUCGUAUUACAAGUCUCCAUUUUGUGAGUCUUUUUGUGAUAAUUAAUAUGAGUAAUGCCACUGAAUGAAUCUUUUUGCACUAUCUGUGCCUGAACCAAAGCUACUGUGUUUGGAUACACCCUCACUGCCUUUGCAAACAUGGCCGACCACUUAAUGCUGGUCUUUGCAACUGUGCCAUUAAAAUAGAGUAUGCAGGUGCCACAGUAGCUUUACCAGCAGAGUGCGUACUCUGUAUCAAGACUGAAUCCUUACAGCAAUAAAUAAGAAACAAUCUCUAAAAGAAUUAUAUACAUGUGAACAAGGCUUCUUUCAGUUUUCCUCUUAUUGUUCCAGUUAUAAUUAUUCGACCAACUUUUUAACUUUUUAAGCUAAGGUAAAUAUUACAGAGUUAGUUAGCUGACACUGUCCUUGUUCCUAUUACCUAGGAACAGAGUGUUGGGACUCAUGUGAUAUUAAUGAAACCACUCAUUUCUUCAUGCAUCGUCAUGUGACUAGUACCGGAUAACAGUGGGAGAAACAGACAACCUAACAACGUCCUGUCAUUCAGUGUUGAAUGUUAAGCUGGACAAUAAAUUGAGAUGAAAGAACAUGAUCUCUAUUAUACACUCAACAAAACUAACUAAACAAAAGUGUUGCAUUUCUUUUUAUGUCGAUGAUGGGAUCAUGAUUUAGACCCAGAGCUGCCUGACAUUGGUGCUAUACUAAUACUAGUACCUGCCACUCAAUGCAAUGAACACUAUGCUAUUCAUGGUUGCCAUUUGUCCUUUUAAUCUCUGUAACAGAGCUCAUGUGUUAUUGACUUGUAGUGAUUGAUUGUUUUAUGUUUUAUCAAUGGAAGGGAAAAAAGAUCAGGUGCUACGAGCACAGUGGUUUUCAUAAAAAUACCGUGUUUUUAGUGUUGGAUGCUGCUGAUGUUAGUGAUUUAGUGUUAGGAAGUGGUGACCACUAUGUUAGAAUAUUUUUUGUUAGACGUUGCCUUUGAAAAAUGAAGAACUUUCUGUUUGCUGUGAUUUAACAUUAGUUCUUAAAUAGACUAUGUAAUGUAGAAUCAGUUUGAAAACUGAAUUAUGAAAGUUUAGUGAAUAGUAACGUGCACUACUUGAUAGAAUUUUUUUUUCUUUAAACCGUGCUGUUGAGAUGACAUUGUAUUCUGAAGAAUCUGAAAUGACUGUUUGCUGUCAUGGUCAAAUAAAAUAAUUUCUGACUUUCUGUUAA